AUGGGCUGUUGUGGAAGUAAAGAAGAGCGAGACGACGAUGUCCACGCACCUCUACUCAAUGACGACGAUUUGCCCAUUGAAAGACACACAAGCUAUCAAGCCAUUGAGACCAUUGAUGUAAAGAAGGAGCAGGAGUUUUGGAACGCAGUAUUGGAACGCACGACACGGAAUCUGAUAGAUAUAUCGAGCACGAAUGCUGAUCCGUUACAAAGUCAAGAUGUACAAGAACGACAAGACAAGUAUCAGGAUAUCCUUGCUCAGUUGCCAAACAAGACUUCCGACACGACGAGUAUCCACAAUGAAAAUGGUGGUGGUGGUGGUGGUGCCAUGACCCAUGAUGCAAAACCCUUGUCAGCAUCCGGUGACGAUCCACUGGCUAUCUUCGACCACAUCCAUCCUUCAUCAGCACCCAUACCACAAGAGGAGCUUUAUGACAUGAUGAACAAGAUCAACGAUGCUUUGCAGGAUAUCCGUAUCGAACCUGUUGGAGAAAUGGUUGUCCAUCUCAAGAUGUUAAAUGACCCUGAAGCUAUUCAAUUCUGA